UUAUAUAAGACUUUUUAGGUUUUAAAAUGAACUCUUUAUCAAUUAAACUUUUAUAAAAAACUAUUGAAAGCAGAAUGAAAUUUAAAUUUUCCCAUUCGGUAGCUAAACUUGACCCACCAGCAUUUAGGUUAAUUAAAUAUAGUAUUUCGAUGAACAGACAAAACAAAGCCGUUUUUUCAGAGAGCUAAAGUAGCUAUGUAAACACAUUUUUUUGGAUUCAGUUUGUAAACAACGAGACCGCUAUUCAAAAUUCGCACACCUUAUGUUAAAGCAGCUCCGGAGUCGGCUUAGUUAGGUUCCCAUUCGCAUUAUGCGGAUUCUUUGUGCGGUGAUUAUCCUUUUCCAUCUACAUGUGGCCCUCCCUGAAAACACAACUGAGAAUGCAGAGAGCCGAGCAGCCAGAAGCUGGUGGGAUGCAGUUCCUCGGAUUUUCACUGACAUCUUCACCAUGAAGGCGAAUGCCCUCACAGCUGCUCCACUCGAGUGGGCCUCCAAUACAAUUGAUGCCAUAUGUUCAUCUACCCUUGUUAUAGGCAGAGUUCCCCCUCAGAUAUCUCCGGAUAUAAGGAAAAUGCACUUCCAGUACAUGACUCCGUGUCAGAACUACAGUGUCCCGCUGCUGGAGGCCUCGAAGCUGUGGAGGCAUACGAGGUUUUCCAAGGGACGCAAGGUUGUGAUCCUGGCAACCGGUUGGACCAACACCGUCAACGAAUCCUCCGCCAUUUCGAUGAUGUCCAAGGCCUUUAUGUGUCGACAGGAUGUUAAUUUUGUGAUUGUGGAUGCGGCCGACUACGUGGAUACCCUCUACUCUUGGUCUGCUCUCAACACGGAUUUAAUUGGUGAGCAUAUCGGCGUGGGUCUAACCCAUCUGAUAGAGCUCACUCCCCUGCGAAAUAUCCACCUAAUUGGAGUAGGAUACCUCGUCGGUGAAUCCAUUCAUGAACUUUUCCUAGGCCAUUCCUUGGGAGCUCACAUCAUGGGCACUGCUGGGAGGACCUUCAAAAGGCUUACUGGAAAGCUGAUUCCUAGGAUUACCGGCUUGGAUCCCGCCAAACCUUGCUUUAGAAGGGAGAACAUCUUGCCGGGGCUUUCGAAGGGUGAUGCCAAGCUUGUUGACGUUAUCCACACCAACAUGGGCAUUCUGGCAAAGCGUGGUCCCCUGGGCGAUGUGGACUUCUAUCCCGGUGGAGCUCAUCCUAUUCAACCGGGUUGCUUGACCAUUGGCUGUUCGCACACACGAGCGGUGGAGUACUUUGCGGAGAGCGCCUAUCCUGGUCAGGAGAAAAACUUUCUGGGCCACAAAUGCGAGUCCUGGGAGAAGCUUCGGAGGAGAGAAUGCCUUGCAGGAACCAUUUCCCCAAUGGGCUACGAAAUAAAUCGCCAGGCCCGAGGCAUCUACUAUGUUGAUGUCAAUGGCUGGCCUCCUUAUGGACGAAAUGCUGCCCGAAACAUUGAUCCCAGAUCGAGGACCUGCUAUCUGUGUCGGCAAACUUAA